AUGAAUAAAUAUAAAAAUCCCUUGAAGGUUUUAGAAUGCAAUGAUUAUAGUUAUGAAAACAUUGAUAUAUUUAAAAAUGAAUAUAUAGCAAAUAUAUUAUUGAAAGAUGGAAUAGAUUAUAUAGAAAAUGAAAAUAAUGAAAUAAUAAAAAAUGAUAGUUAUGUUAAUACUUUAUUUUUUGAUUAUCUGAAUACAAACAAAAAUGAUAUAAAAGAAAAUAAUAAAUAUGAAAAUGAAUUAAAAAAUGAAAUAAUAAAGAUAAAAAAAGAAAAAAUUGUCUUCAAUAGUAAAAAAAAAAACGGUAAAAAUAAUUCUCAAAAUGAUAAAAAUUUUUAUAUUGAUAAUCAUGACUCAUUUUAUAAUGACGAAAAAGUAACAAAAUGUAAUGUUUUAAUUAAAUCUAAUAAAUUUGAAAAAGUAAGUUAUUACAGUAAAAUAAAUGUUAAAAAGGAAAUAGACAAAAACCAAAUUAAAAGAAUUAAAAAAGAUUAUAGAUUUAGAGGUAUGCUACUUACAAGAGUGAAAGAAUUGAUUCCAUCUAAAUGUCAUUAUACUGAAUUAAAUACAAAGAGAAAAAAAAUAUAUUUGUUUAAACCAAGAAAUAUUAAUUAUUUUUUUUGUAAUUAUUUCAAAUAUGAAAAAACAGAAAAAUCAUUUAAUUUACCACAGAAAAAGUACUUAAAAUUUUUUAUUAAAAAGAAAAACUUACAUAAAUGUAGCUUUAAAAUUAGAAAAUUUUUUUUAAAAAAUGAAAUUUUAAAAAAAAAAGAAAAAAAACAUCUAAUUCCUAUUAACAAAAUUAAUAAAGAUUUUAUAGGAUUAUAUUACAAUAAAAUAAAAUAUAAUAAGUAUGAAAACAGUUCACUUAAUAAAGAAAAUGAUAUAUUAGUUAAUAAUAAUAUAAAUAAAAAGUUUGUCUAUUCAGAAAAUCUUGCAAAACCAUUCAACAGUAUAAAUUGCAUGACUUGUGUAGAAAAUAAAAAUAAAGAAGUUGAAGAAAAUGUUACGAAAUAUAAUGUGGAACAUUAUAAAAAUGAAAAAAUAAAAUCAUUAAAUAAUAAUAAUAAUAAUAAUAAUAAUAAUAAUAAUAAUAGAGAUAAUAAUAGAAAUAAGUUAAAUGUCAAUUCUAAUGAUAUAUGUGAUGAAUAUGAGAAUAGAAGUAUACUACUGAAUAAGAAUGAAAUUAAUAAAUUUUUUAAUGAAAAAAAUAAUGAAAAAAAAAUAUUAAAUAUUAAUUCUGAAAAAACAAAUAAAAAAAACAACUCUAGAAAAUGUAAAGUUAAAAAAAGUAUUUCAUUUAAUAAUGAGUUAAAGAAUGAUCAAAUGAAAUUUAUAAAUAAUACGCAGUCUAGUUUUAUAUUUAGAAGUACUAUGAGUAACAGUAACUCAGAAAAAAUAAUAGAUAAUGAAGAAAAUGAGAAUAAUUUUAAUUAUAAUGUAACUAAUGAGAAUAAUAACAAGGAAUGUUAUAAAUUUAAGAAAGAAAUUUACCUUUCAAAGAGUGUAGAAAAUGAUAGUAUGCGUGGUUCUAUGAGUAGUUUUACUAAAUCAGGAAAAAAAUUAUACAAAGAUAACAAUGAAGUAAUGAAUGUUAAAAAAGAAAAUAUUGAAAAAGAGAAAAAAACUAAUAAAAAAAGGAUUAAAAAUAUAGAAAAAAAUUUAAAUAAUAUAAAAAAUAUAGAUAUGGAAAAUUCAUAUAUUAAGUAUAUUUAUAAGCCAGAAAGAAAUUUUCAUGAUUUUGAGAAUUGUGAAAAAAAAACGAAUAAAUCAAAUUUUUCUAAAAAAGAAGAAAAUGUCAGAAAUUCUAACUUUAUUUUUAAUAGAUAUCAAGACCAAUUUCAAAAAAUUAUUACACCUAAAAUUGAUUGUGGAAGUAAAAAUGUAUAUGGGUUUGGUGAGACAUUGAAAUUUAUGAAGUAUAGAGAGUUAUUAAGAAAGUAUAUGGGAACUUUUUAUAACUAUAGUUCCUUUAAAUGUGCAAGUUAUAUUAUAAUUUAUGCAUUAAUACUAAAAAUAACUGCACAAAUUUCUAAAAAUUUAACAGUAUCAAAUAUUACAAAUGAACAAAAUGAUGUAAAUGCUAAAAACUCAAACAUAUUUUUAAAUAUUCAUGACACAGAUGGAAUUAUUCAAUCUGUUUGUUAUGUUAUUUUAUUAAUUUGUAUAAUUUUGUUAAUAAAAUUAGGCAUUCCAUCCAAUUAUUUAUUAGCUGGUAGAUUAACCAUUAUAUUUAUGCUUUUAUUUGUUAUUCAAAUACCUAUAAUGGUUUAUGCAAAUUUCUUGUAUUUAAAAAAUGAGGAACUGAAUGAUAAAACUCAUAAUAAGAUUUAUGAAAAGAAAGAUUACUUCAACUUGCAGUUGCAGAAAAUAUUUGAUACAUUUUAUAUGGAUACUUUUAAUUUAUUAAUAUACACUUUUCUAAUUAAAUUAGUAUCUCUAUAUGCAACAUAUCAUAAAUUAAUAUAUCCACAUUUAUUAAAAUUUUAUUUAGAUAGAUUUUUUUUGAAUUCUUAUUCUAUAGUUAAAAAAGAAAUGAUUCAUUUUAGAGUUCCAAAUAAUAUUGAUGCAUAUUAUUUAAACAAAAUGAAUAGUUAUUUAUUUAAUUCAUUAUAUAAAAAGCAAGAUCAACCAUCAAAAGAAGACUUAGAAAGUAGUACAAGAAGUGCAAUAGGAUAUAACAUAGUUAUAAAAAAAGAAAGAUGUUCUCCUUUUAUGAAAUUAUUUAAGAAAAGAAUGUCUAACUCUCUUUUUAGAUCAAGAAAUAGGAGGAAUUUAAAUUUUUAUAUUAUUUUUUAUAUAGGAGAAUUAGAUAAUAAAGGUAGACCACAUGGGUUUGGAUAUUGGAGAGGUAUAAAUUUAGAAGGAGAAGUUUUAAUUGGCUAUUGGUUUCAUGGGAUACCAGUUGGUCCGUUCAAAUGUCGAGAUUUUAAAACAGGUUCAGGAUUUAUGUGUAUAAAAAUAGGAUAUGGAAAAACAAACUGUGAAUUGAAUGAUUUAGAAAUAGGUCUUGCUGAUACGGAAUGUUGUGUUAGUGGAGCUUUUUACAGAACAUUUCCAAGAGUAGUCUUUUAUAAUUUAAAUCUAACAAGUGUUAACACAAAAAAUAAGAGGAAUGGAGAUAAACAUGGAUUAAUAGAAAAAAGGGAAUGUUGUGAAUACUUAAUUGUUAAUAAAGCUAGUAAUGAUAUUUUAAGAUUUGAUUAUUCACAACUCCUACAAGAUUGUGAUGAAGAUAAGAUUAAUUUUUAUCAAAAGGAUGAAAGCAAUAAUAAUGAAGAAAAUAAAAAAAAUAUUUUAAGCGAUAAUUCAAAUUUAUAUAAUGAAGAAUUACCCAGAUCAUUUAUAAAUGACGAGACAUUUUUAAAAGGAGAAAUUCUAAAUUAUGAUGAUAUAUAUAAUAUGAGUUAUAGUAUUAAAAAUUUUACGUUAGAAAAUGAAAUACAAAAUGAGUUAAAUAAGAAUGUUGAAAAAAGAGAUGAAGAACAAAAAAAGGAUAUUAAUAAAAAUAAAGAAGGUUCUUCAAAUAGGAUUCAUCUUAAGGAAGAAUUUGAAAAUGUUGAAAACAAUAAGAAACAUGAAAGACAUAGAAAAAAAUCAAAAAAAAAGGAAAAAGAUAAUAAAGGAAAAAAUAAAGAAAAAAAAAAAACAAAGGAAACAAAGGAAAUUAUAUCAAGCAUUAAUGAAGAGUCUAACUUUAUUAUAAAAAAUAACAAAUAUGAAACAUAUAAAAAUGUAAAAGGAAGAAAUAAAAAACAUAUAAAUUCAUUUACAAUGUCAUCAAAUGAAAGUUAUAGCAAUAUAUCUAUGAUAAAUGAAGACAUAUGUAUAGAAAAAAAAAAUAAAAAUAAAAUAGAAGAAAUAAAAUAUGGAUCAUUGAAUAAAGAAAAAAAAUUUAAUAUAAAUACCGAAAUUGUUCUUGGUGAAAGGAACUUUGAAAUUAUUGAAAAGCAUAAUCAAGAAUUAAAAGAAAAUAAUAAGUUAUUAAAAAAAGAUAAUGAAAUAACAUUAGAGUCUGUAAAAAAUGAAAAGAAAGGAGCAAAAGAAAGGUAUAGGAUGUUAGCAAGUCGUUUUUAUCUAAAAGAUAAAAAAAAAAAAAUAAAAAAAGAAGACCAAAAUAAAAAUUUAAGUGAAAGAGUAAGUGAUAAUAGUAUAAAUGAAGACGAGCAGUAUGAAAAGGACACAAAUGAAAAAGAAAAAAAUAAAAAAAAAAAUAAAAAAAAUAAAAAUAGCACUGGUAAUAAAUGUGAGAGGAAAUAUAGAAUUUUAGGAAGUAUUAGAGAAAAAAAAAAAAAUGGAAAAAAUGAAGAAAAAAGAAAAAUAAAAAAAAAAAUUGGUUAUAGUAUGACAAAUACGAUAUUAGGAAUAAAAAAUUAUAAUACUUUAAAAAUAAAAAAAAAAAAUAGGAAAAAAAAUGGAAACAGAAAAACAUUUCUUCCAAAAGCAUUAUCUGGAACAUUGCCUAAAUUAAAAAUAAAAAAAAAACGAAGACGAUUAUUAUUUUCUGAUACAAUAACAAAUGUAUAUAAAACAAAAUGUAUGAAUAUUAUUUUACAAAAUUUAUGCCCACAUAUGCCGAAUUUUGGUAUAAUUUAUAAUACAGAUCUUCACAUCUCUAUUGAUGCAGAAAGGGGGUUAUAUAUAACGGGUUAUAUAAAUAAGAAAAAUUCUAAUUUAGUAUAUAGCAAGAAUGGAAAUAAUGAUUUUGAGGAUAACGAAGUGAAAAUUAAAAUUAUUAAAAAAAGUAAAAAUAGUUUAAAUGAUAAAAAGGGAAAUGAAAAACGCUUAUAUUCUUGGAUAGAUGAUAUUAAAGAACUAAGUUUGGAUGGUUGGGUAAAGUGCGAAUUAGCCGGUUGCUUAGAAGCAGUUAUUUUUAUACAUGGUUAUAAUACUAAUCAUUUGGAAGCUUUACAAAUUUUGGGGCAAAUGGCAUCAUUUGGUAAUUUUCCUAAUUAUAUUAAAUUAUUUUUGUUUAAUUGGCCAUCAGGAAAAAACUUUUUAGAAUUUUUUAUUGCAAAAGAUAAUUCAAAAAAUAAAAAAGUACAUCAUGCUUUUAAGUCUUUUCUAGAUACUCUUAGAAAUAAUGGAAUAAGGCAAAUACAUAUAAUAACACAUAGCAUGGGCACAAGGAUGUUCUUAAUGGCUUUCCAUGAUAUCGUAAGUAGUGAAUUAUUCUCAACUAUCGAUGAAAAAGAAAGUGCUUCAAAAAAUGUAACAAAAAUGAAAUUAAUAACUCUAACUAUGAUGAAUCCUGAAUACUAUUUAAGUGAUUUUGUUAAUAAAGAAUAUGUAUUUCUUAGAUCAUUUUGUACUGUUAUAUCUAUAUAUUGUGAUUCUAACGAUAAGGCAUUAAAAUGGGCUGAAAUAUUUAGUGGUACUAAAUCAUUAGGAAAAAAUAUUUUUGAUUUAAAUAUAUGUAAGGAUUAUCACAAUUCGAAGAACUUAAAUGCAUAUGAGAAUUUUGUGUUUGAUAGUAAUAAAUUAGAAUAUUAUUCAAUACCAGUAGAAAAUAGAACUGAUGAAACAGAAGAAGUAAGUUUAGAUCCCAAAUUAAUUUCUUCAUAUAUUGAAAAUGGUAAAUUUCAAUAUAAGAAAGACAUUGAGAAAAUGAAGAAUAAAGGAUUUAUGACAUCAGUUGUGCAGAAAUUAAGAAAAGUUGUCAAUUUUUUUUAUAAAAGAAAAAGGAGACAUAAAUUAACUAUGAAUGAUCACAAUUCGAUAGACAAUGAUAAUAGCUUUUUAAAUAAUGAAAAAACACAAAAUAUGAUGCAUCAACCACCUAUGUUUAGAAAUACAUUAUUAGUAUUUACAGGAAUAGAGCCUACUUACUGCUAUCGAGAUAACAGAGAUUGGUUAGAUGUUGAUGUAAUUGAUACAACAUGGUUAGGAUCAAAUGUCCAUACUUUAAGACAUUCUUACUGGUCUUUAAAUAGAGAAAUUAUUGAAGAUAUUAGAGAAUUAAUAGUAACUAGGAAAAGAGCAAGACAAAGAACCUCACGACUAGAUAGAAGAGAAGGAAAUGUGUGGGUUUAUAGAGUAGCACCAUCUCAUUUAAAGUCAAUAUUUGAUUCGGAUUUAUAA